ACACAUUGACAACCCACAUUCGGAUGUGAAGCCUCAUCCGACUGGUCUUGACGGGCUACGAACAUUGGCUUGUAGCGUUUGUAAGAUCAACAUUUUCAGACGCGAGAUCUAUUGCUUCCUUUUUGUUUUGACAAUCAUGGCAGAGAAGUUUAUUGAAGCUCUGUCGGAUCAUGUCGAAUGUGGGAUCUGCAGUUGUCCGUAUGAAAGUGCCAAAUACCUGGAUUGUUUGCAUACAUUUUGUGAAGGCUGCAUCAAUCGCCUUCUCGAUCAGACGAAUCAAGUUUGGAACGGCCCGAGCGUAUGCAUCAGGUGUCCCAUAUGCCGCAAGGUUACACGUUUCCAAGCCGGGCGUAAAGCCGACACAUUGAAGUCGAAUUUCAUAGUGAACGGAAUAGUUGAAGAACUUUUGCAUCAUGACCUCCAUGCAGAACCAGUCGUUGAGCAGAAGGAAGACGUUUGUGCGGACCAUGGCAUCGACAGGAAGUUCUACUGUGAGAAAUGCAACAAAAUAAUCUGCAGUGAAUGUGCUCUGUGUAAACAUCAUGGACACACCUUCUUGAUCAAGAACGUGGAAGAGGCAUCUAAAUCCAAGGCGCAUGAAAUCAAUAAGCUGAUAUCCAAUGCAACGUCUUGGCUGCAAUCCCAUAGGAAUUUCAGUAAGGAAUACGGGGAGAAGAGAGCAGAAGGAAAUAAGAGGUUGGACGAAAUAAAGGAGGCUAUUACAACGUCUUAUUCGAAUAACCUUGACACCAUAACCAAUAAACUAGAAGCUAAGAAGGAGACCCUAAUGGCAGAGGUGGCUACCAGAAGAGAGGAAUUCGUCAAUGUUUUAGAUAGUGUAUUGGUACCACUAGCGGAAGCCAUGUCACAGGUUCUUGAUGACGUCAAAUUUGGCGAAGCUUUGGUAGACAGCAACGACCACCGGGAAAUACUGCUCAAUUACCAGGACUGGAUGAAGAGCCUAUGUACCCGGUUGGACUACGGACUUCCUUCUAGUACUGCGGCGAAGAAACAGAUUUCAUUGAUUGAGUCGAUGUGCUUCCGAAGGUGCGCUAAUUCAAUCAUUGAUGUGCCUAAGUUGGGUACCGUUAGGUAUCAGAAGAAGGAUCAACACGACAAACAUGCACAAGGAGAAUCCAUUCUAAAUCCAGUGAAAAAACUUAACCGGCCGACGGAAAGACUUCUCCUGACCGCACGUGGGCAAUUAUCAGGUGAACCGGAAAUGAUGACACCUUACCCGAACGAAAGGAUCCUGGUGCUUUAUAAAGACAGACGGGUCGAGAUUCUCAGUCCUGAUGGCAAAAUCGACAACGUUAGACCAAUUGCGGCCAGGUAUGUAGCUGCUCUGUCGGAUGGCCGUAUCGUCACGCUGUCGGAGAGGAACGCGGUCAAUAUUUACAACCAACAAGGUCAAAGACAAGAAGUCAAGUUCCAGAUAAGCGAUUGCGAUGAAUUUGCAGAAUACAUAGCAACGGACGAGGACAAUCAUGUAUAUGUGCUCUAUCCUCGUGCCGCAAAGUUCUUAAAAUUUUCCACCAAGGGUGGUGAGCCUACGGCCGUCAUUCCCCUUGCUUCCGACGACUUGGGCGAUGUCUCUAGCAUGGGUUUGUCCAAGGAAGGAAAUGUGAUAUUGGUGUUGGGGGAAGGGGAGGUCCGAGUGUUCAGUCCUACAGGCCGUCUCAUUCGACGGAUACCUAUCAAGGAAGCGGAUAGAGUGUCUUGUGACCAAGAAGGCAAGCUGUGGAUAAUAGCUAACCAGAAUAUCCAAGGUUCCAACAGGGCUUUCCUCGAGGUGUAUAGCGAGUAUGGAUUGCGCAGGGCAGAUUGCUACAUACCCAAGGAUCCAGUUACAGCUACUUCGGAGUUUGAGCCCUGGGGAGUAGCUGUAUCUCUUACAUGCUACGCUGCCUGUGUUCCUCCAACAGAAAUAGCUUGGUUCGUUCACGAAGUCAUGGAAGUCGACAGAUAGAGCUUCAGUAUUUCGUUUGAUGAAUAUCAGUUAUCAAGAUGGGAAGAUUAUUCAUCUAGCAAGUUUCAGGACAUUCAGACAAAAGUUAUGAAAGUUAUUCAUUUAGUUGUCCUAAUGGUAACAUGAUUCUUUGAGUCUAUGCAUUCAUUUGCACCUGUAAACCGUUUAUCCUUGGAGUUAACAAUCAAGUUAGUCCUUUUCGAAAGCUUAUUAUUUAAGUUUUGGGAAUGACAUAAUUAUGUACCAUACAUUCUACCUCGUACCCCCUCCAAUGAAAAAUAAAAGGAUUGUGUAAUGAUGCUAAUCUGAGUUAAAGCUAAAUGCUAGCUUGGUAAUGUGACCAACAUAUUUUGAAAUUUUCAAGAACGUGAGAUCCUAUUUGUUAUGAAUAUACCAUCGGGGAAAAGACCAUAAUUCAAACAAGAGUCAAUAGAUGAUAUGAUCUUCAUCUAAAUAUGGACCCAUGAUCUAAAUAGGCUCGUUUAAACAUGCAACUAUUGUAACUUUGCUAUUAUGGUAAUACUAAUUGUAAUUGACUCCCGUAUUAACCACGUUACCAUGUUAUUUGCCAUUGUGACAAAGUUGCAAGUAGUUAUAUGAAACGGGUCUCUUUUCCACAAAUGACUUUGGUCAUUUUGUAGCUUUAAUCUUACAUUUCAAAUCAAUUAAAGCAAUCACCAUAAAAAGGGGAAUUUAAAGAAAGUUGGAUAUUUUUCUGAUGGGGUACCAAUCAUUAAUGAUGA